AUGCACGAGGGCGGAGACGGCACUCCACCUGCGGGAAGCACAGCUGCCGACCCUCGGCAAUCGUCGUCGGAAGCACGCCGAAAAGCCUCUUCUGGCGACCACCGCAGCCUGUCUGUCUCGUCUCUCGACACAGGGGCAAGGGAAGCCGUAGGGCGGCUGCCACGCUCAGCGAUCGACACCUCUGCUGACCUAGCUGACAGAGUGGACGGGGAAAGACGUGACGCAGCGGCGGGAGUGGCACCGGCCGUUGCGGAUCGACGUGACGCAGAGCAACUGGUGGAAAAUGAACCCGCACAGGCGUCCUCCUCCUCUUCCAACCGUAUAUCCCAUUCUCCAAGCAACCUGUCUACCGCACGCGAAGAGGUCGCCACGGGCGACGACACCACCACCCACAAACAAAGGAAUGAAGCCGUCGCUUCCCAUGCAGGUCUGGUCAUUGCAGCUGAAAUGGCAAAGAUAGCCGUGGACACGACCGCCUCUCCUCCUUCGCCUUCUCCACCGCCGACAUCACAGCCGCCGAAAGAGGCCGCAUCGCCGCCGCCCUCUUCGUCUCUUGUGACGUCACCUCCUCCUGCCGCGACGAGUCCUUCCCCGUCUAGCGCGAGAGCAACGACGAGCUCCGCGCUGGCCGCUCCCUUAUCUUUUUCCAUCCCUGUGGAUACCGCAGAGGCGGCCAUCCGCAAAUGGAAGGAAAGUAAGGACUACCUAAAACUGCAGCGAGAGCUGAAACGAACGCUGUCCGCGAUGGACCGCACCUCGCUCACGGACUGGGCAGCGCAGGCGUCCCUCUUGUCGCAGCUUCAUAAAACAGUACAAACGUUCAAAGAUGCCGUUGGCGCUGUUGAGCUGCCAGACGGCGAUCACUUUGCGAGGAGUCUAUGGCGUGUACUGAGUCCGCAGAACGUGGUCGGUGUGCAGCGCAAGGCGCUGGAGGUGCUGCAGACCUACGUCGAGUUCGUGAACCCGGCGUACCCGAUGACAAAAGACUUACCGCUGUUUCUGCCGGCGCUGCUUGAGCUGCUGCCACAAGCCACCAUGCAAGUCAAAAGUGGUAUCUUGGGGCUGCUGGAUCGUGGCGUGGUGCGCCGGAUGCCCCCGGCGGCGCUGCGCUCCUGCGCUCUUGGCCUCUUCACCUCCCUUCUGAGCUGUCUCGAGGAAUCGGAGACGAGCCCGAUGUACCGCCGUGCGAUGACGCUGCUCGAGUACAUGCACAACACCCUCAAAUACGAAGACGCAGUCGCUGCCACGGUGCGCGCGGUGGCGUCCACACCACCAUGUGCAGUGGCGGAAUUACGUGGGGGCCAGGUGCUACCAGCGUAUGCCUGGGUGUUGAUCCGCGACGCCGCCGCGUUGCGCUCUCCGGCGUUAAACGUGAUGAAGGUUUUCAUUGCGCAGGUGGACACGCCGGCCGCGAUGGGCGGCAGUACGCGCUCUGAGUCUGGGCGGUACAGCGACGAACCAGACGGAGCGCCUCCCUCGCCGCUGGCGCAUCAGCAUCAGCAUCAGCAGCAGCAGCCCUCCCAACCCGACUGGGUAGGCGGCGAUGCAAAAGUUGUUGUGUCGGCCCUCCUCAACAGCUUGCAGGACACACAGGAAAGGACACAUCGCCUCGCGCUGGACGUGUUGACGCUGAUUUGCCCUCUGAAUGGCGGGAGUAGUGGGAACAGCAACGAACACGCUGGUGCUGAUACGGCUGCCGCUGCCGCUGCUUUCCGGUACGAGAGAGCCGUCAGACGGUCUCCUGCCCCUUCGCCCAGUCCGACCGCAGGCGCGCCGCAGCCGUCGGGUAGCAGCGAUGCGAACGGUGCUGCGGCUCUGGCGUCAGCGUCCAUCCCUUGCCCGUUUCAUUCAAUGAGAGCCAAUAAAGAACUCUUUUCUUUUGAGGUGAAGUCGCUGCUUGUGGCGGCCGCAGUGCAACUCUUGGGCACACGCUACGGCACACCGAGUGUCGCACGCCGCAUGUUUCAGUGGCUAACGGUGUUCCCGGGUGUCGACAGCGGCGAUCACGGCCAUCGCGAAGGCGGCUGUGGCCCCUUCUCUCCGAGCGACCGCAGCGACGAAGGUGCGAUGGACAUGGCGGCAGUCGACGGUGCUUCUACGCCGCCCUCCGCCGACGUGUAUGUGCGUGAUGUCACGUCGUACGUCCUUUCUCAGGGCUUUCACAUGAUCGUGCAACACUGGCGGACUACCUGGACGGACCGGUCCGAUGACACCAGCGACUUCAGCGGGUCAGAACAGCAGGCCGCACGGCGACAGGUAGACUCGGAGCUGAGUGCGCUGCAGCACACUGCGCGUGCUCUCAUGUACGACGCCGCUCCACGCCUCUCGAGUGCGCCGUCGAUUGCAGCAGCGUUCGGCGGCGUUGGCAGUGGUGAAGGCAAGAAUAACGGCAGCAGCAACAACACCGCGUUUUCUUCGCCCGCGACGACCUCAGCAGCUUCUGCUGCCCUUGCCACUCCCCUCGUCUGGCUCCGCGCGCUGCUUCUUCUCUUCCGCUACCGCAGCCCUGCUCUCGCCAACAACAGAGGCAGUGAUGGCGGCGAAGGAGGUGGUGUGCCCGUGAGCAGCCCGACUGCCUCAGACCCGCCCCAGCUGCCUGCCUUGGACGGCGCUCCAGCAGCAGAUGUCACUUUCCCCUUCUUGCUACACGUGGCACCUCUCGUGCUGCCAUCGCUGAGUUGUCUUCUUGUUGAGGUGCCAGCUGUGCUGUCAAUGCGGUCGCACCUCCACUACCAAAGGAGCUGCUCCUUCACCAGCAGCAGUGCCGGCGUCGGCGGCUCACCGGAGGAGCAAAUGUGGGCCGCAGAGGUGCGUGAGGUUAUACGAGUACUACCGUGGACAUAUUUUGUGCAGCUGGACGUGGUCACGAUACAGGCAGUAGAGAAGUUGAUGGGCCCACUUCUCACGCAAACUCCUCUCAAGACAAACGAGGAAACACCAGCGGCCGCAGGUUCCACAACAGAUGCGGACGCCUCUUCGUCUUGCAGCAAUGCUAUGAAGCAGAGAUACACGGAGCAUCUCCAGCGACGCGUUCAGCACUACAUGGACCAAGCCUUCGCCCUGGCCAACACGCUCGAGCCGUCGCUCAUCGACGCCACCGCCGACCAGCCGCUGGCGGCUCAGGAGUACGUGCGCGCCUCCCUCCACUGGUCCAACGCCGUGACGCGUCUUCUCAGCGAAGUCGUGCACGCGCUGGCAGCGACGCUUCAAAAUAGUGACGUGGAUGAAGAAGGCACCUCACGGCUGCCGCUGCUCAUCUCCACCGCCAACGGGCUGCUGCGGCUGCUCGUGCAGCGCACACAGCAACUUAUGGAGCCGAUGCUCGACGGCAUCCUCGCCACCGCCACGGCAACCGGCACAGCCGUUGUCGGGGCAGAUUUCUUCUCUUCGUUUUUGAGCUCCGUGGACACCCAGGUGCUGCGACAGCUCCGCCAGGCGACUAUCUCCGGGACCACUUCCAUCCUGUUGAACGGUGCGCGUGCGAAGGCCUUCAGCGAAAGCCAACACGACGUACCCGCCCUUUCUCGUCUGUCCGCGGAAGGUACGUUGCCGGGUGUGUACGGUGCAGAGGUGCAGAGGCUGCUUUCGCGCCUGCAUCGCACCACUCUGCGCUUCACCUCCUUUCUCGCUCAGCUGCACUUGCGGUGUCAGCAGCAGGCCGGCGUCGGUGUCCUGCUGGACUGCGCGUCCGACAACGGCGCCGGCGCGCGAGAGCGGGAGCUGGCGCGGCAGACAGCCGCCUGGCUGGCGUGCCUUUGCAAGGCGACGGCAGACGCGGCGGUGGGGGCGGCACCCCUCUUCUUCGCGCGAGCGGUUCGGCUGGUGGUGGACGUGCUGCUCCGUGCACGCGGCAGUCUGCUGCCGGAGCCGGCCUACCGCGCCUUGGAGCCGAGCUGCCCCCUCUCGGGAGACGUGGCGGAGGGUGUUGCGUUUGCAGGGAAUUUUGUUCUCGCGCCAGUCGUGCGUUGUCUGUGGGAAAGCUGUCAUGACAAGCGAAACGAAACUGAGCAGCUCGUGCAAAGUCCAUCAGCGGCGGCGGCGGCGUCGGAACCUGUCCACGCUUCGCCAGACACGGUGACAACGUUCAGCGAGUCUCUCUUGGUGCUCAUUGCCAUUUCACCCGCAUGCGCGCGCUGUCUGGAUGUGUACAUGCUGCAAUCUCCAAUGGAUGUAGCGGUGUCACGGCUUGUGGGGUUACACCGUUGCCUUACGGAUCUGCGAGCACUGCGGCGUCGUGGGCGGUUCCUCUCCGCCGCGCUUCCGGAAUCCGCGGCACUGACGGGGUUGCAAGAUCCAGGGGUGCUCUUUUUAGGCUUAUUGAGCGUCCUCGACUGCCUUUCUAGCGAUGCAGGCGAUGUCAGUGGCUUCUCAAAUACCAGCAGCUCACGUGCAUUUCCUUCUCCUUUGUGUGACACUGCAGAAUCGACGCGUCAGCUGUCGCGCGCCUAUGUCUCGCAGACCCUUGUGCGAGACUCGCCGAACGUGCUUAUACCUCUUUUCUUUUCCUUUCUGUGCCCACUGGUGCUGCCGACUGCGUCUGCGGUGCCGCAGAGAGACGACGGCGGCGGCGGCGGCGAAGGAGGAGUCGGAGGAAGUGGUGCCGGCGGUGGCGCCUCGUCGUUGCACCGCUUGUCUGCUCCAGCGUUUUCCGCUCUUUCUUUGACUGUCUUGUUGCCCACUACACAGCCAAAGCGCGCCUCCACCACCAUCAGCCGCUUAAAAGGCGAAAGCGUUACUCAAGAGAAUGCAAAUGAUGGUGACGAAGUGACGAUGCGCGGCCCUGCGCGGACGUACCGCAACCUCGAAGCUCCAGAGCUGGUGCGGCAUCUUUGUUCUCUCCUGCAGCUGCCGACCUCGCGAGAGUGGGUGCAGCAGGCGAUGCAGCUCCCCACGCCCAACUCCCUGCGGGUUCUCCUACACGGUCUAGAGGCGCAGUCUUUCAUGGCCCCCGAAGGCAAGGCGGACAGCAGCGGGGGUACCUCGCCCACGGCGCGCUCUUCUGCCGCCGUUGCCUCCCCUGCACGGGAGGGACCGUCUGACACACUGUUUGCGGCGACCGCGCUGCUGCUGCUCAACCUGUCUCGCCAGUCGCUGCUGGCUCUGCAUUGGUCUUGCAUGCAGCGGCGAGAUCAGGCGAGUGGGCGGCGUGCCGCCAACGCUAGCGCUACCUCCGAAUCUGCGGUGCGUUCCGCACUUCCCGAGCCUACUGCGCACCGCCACAAUUUCAUCUUGUUCGACUCUCUCGCGUGCCUGAAUCGUCUACUGGAGCUGAGUCAGACAGGCCCGCGUAUGCAGCCGCACCGCACCGCCGUCCUCACGUGGCAGUUCACGUCUGCGCAGUUUCUGCCGUUGCUGCGGCUGGCCGUGCAGGCGGACCUUCACGCGGCACAGGCGAUGCUGCUGGACCACCUCCGCGGCGUCGUGCUGUACCUCGACGACGUCACCAGCAAUGCUUCGGCCGCUUCUUCGUCGUUGUCGUCUUCUAUGUCUGCUACGGUGGCUGCGAGUGGGAAGACGGCAGGUCCGCCAGCCGUGAUCGACGGCGCGUUUGCUUCGCGGCACUGGCGACAUCACGCGCUGCUCUACGUGGGCGUUGCGGCGGCGGGGAGCCCGCACCGACUCCUCUCUGGUGCGUCGUCGCUGCAGGAGACGCACCGUGCAGCCGACAUCUGCAACGUGAACGGAGAAGACUACGCUGGACCGAAGGGAGGAGCGCAAACUGGCGCGCUCGAGGCGAGCUCUACCCCCGUCCUGGAUGAUCUCAAGCGAGUCCCUCCCGCAGUAGUGUCGAACAAAUUGCUGUACGCGAUGAUUGGUGAAGUGGUCGAGCACGUUCUGGGCAACGUGUGGUCCGCACAGAACGAUGCGCGGCUGCUGGAUGCUUCUUCCUGCGCACACGAGGUCGACACGCUGACGUGUUGGCUUCGGUUUUACUGUGACGUGAUGCCGUACUUGUACCACGACCUCGUGUCGUCUGUGGAGGUCGUCGCAGAUGUGCUGCUCUCGGCGCUGGAGCCGGCAACGCUGCACGGCACCGAUCUGCCGUCCGCAAAUGCUCUGUCCGCCGUCAGCGUGCGCAUUCGGUGCGUCUGCUACGCUACUCUGAUUUACGUUGUGCGCUUCUUGUUCAGCGUGGCCCGUGCAGCAGACGUGGAGAAUUACGAGACGGCCGUCAAGACAAAGGAGUCGAUGAGCUGGAUCGCAAGCACCUUCUCGCAGGGCGACCCAGUGACCCAAGCACGCAACUCCACCAUGUGGGCACGGUCGCCCGUUUUGGCACCUAUCCGUGGUUCUCUUCAUCGUUUGGUGUUUGCGGCGGUGCAGACGUUACGUGUUUGCGACGCGCCGCACGGCACGGAAGCGUCCAUCAACGCUGCUCUCCACACGCAGCACGCGAUGUGGGGCUACGACACCGCAGACGAGGACGAUGUCGCGAUGGGCUGGAAAGGUCGAUCACUGGCGGUGAAGCGACAACAGCAGCAGCAACGCGGCGAGGUAGCUGAUCUGCGAGAGCACGCGUGUUGUCUCCUGAACUUGCUGAGCCACUCCGCCGGUCCGCAGUUUCUGACGGCCUUCGCCACUAAUUGGUGCCGCACCUACGCAGCGCAGUCGUCGCUCUGGAUGUUUGAAACAGCUGCACAGCGGCAGCAUCGUCUUCGUCAGCAGAAGGAGGAGCAUCAACACGGCGGACGACAACCGUGUCUCAACGUGAAAAAUGCCAAGGAAACGGCGAAGCAAGACACACCGCAAAUCUUGGUGGCUGCGUGGGAUGCGAAAGAGGAGGCGCAGCGGGCCGCGUAUGUGCUGCUGGAGGAUGUUGGCGUGUCCGUUGUGGACGUCACGGCUGCCCUCGCUCCGCUGCUGCGCGAUACCGCCUCCAUGCAGCAACGGGCAGAGCAGCAGCAGCAACAGCAGGGACCGAAAACGGAGAGCGCGGGCACGCCAAGCAACGGCGACAACAAAAGGCCGUCUUCUUCCUCUGCCUCUUCCACCGCCCUUCUACCGCCUCCACCUGUGACGCAGCUCCUUUACUUCCUGCACCAGCUCGUCGAGGCCGUUUGUGUGAAGCGGCAGGGCGGCGGGCUGACCGAGCGGGAGGCGGCGGCAAUCUUUGCGCUCAUGGCGGAUGUCGUGUCUCAGUGGCCGCCGGAGCCGCUCUCCUGCUGUUGUGUUCUGCACACGAUGUACUGCGUGGUUGCCUACGCGAAGGGUGAGGCGACCGUGGCACCUGAGCCUCUAGUGACGGCGAUCAAGGUGUACCAGAACAAGGACUACUCAUUCGCAUUGUGCCGUCUCUUGGAGGGGCUCUCCGUGAACCCCGCCAUGACGCACCGCAGCGCGGCCCUCAUGCUGCUCCAGCUGCUGUGCAGCACCUUCUACGCGAUGCUGCCGGCGUCGCUGAGUGCGAUGGACAACCCAGGACGCGUCGUGGAUGCCGCCAUCCGUGUCUUUCAGCGAACGCUGCUCCCCGCCCUGCGACGCGGCAUCGCCUCCGCAUCUGAGGCGGAAAUCAUAUCGUCGACCCCCCUCGUAAACGCGUCUCUGCAGGUGUUGCGCUCGGCAAUUUGCGGCUUCGCGCCGGACCUCACCUUUGCCAAGCGGGUGCAGCGCGACGUCAUGGCGCUCUUCCUCUCGGAGCACUUCUUCCGCUACAGCCGCAGCUCCUUGCACGAGUGGGCACUGCUGUUGCGGCAGAUGUAUGUCAUGGACAGCGAAUUUCACAGUUUGCUGUGCGAGCGGAUGGUGCAGUCUUCGGGGCGGCUUUCGGCUAUGAUGAUGUCCCGUGAGACGGAGGCGCUGCUGCGGGAGCACUCCAUGAAGAACCUCGCCUUCUACACCUACGCGGUCAUGGCGUUGGAGGAUGUCGUCACAACAACGGCACCGACAGCGACACCAUCUGCGGCGAGCACAGCCGUUGCCACAUGCGCAUCCGCUGGGGUGAGUGAGCCGACAACGGGACCUGGCUCGACGAUGACGGCCAUCCGCCAAAAAGAGCUGGCCCACCGUAUUCGCGAGCAGCUCACCUACACCCUGCAGCACUUCUCAUCCCCUGCUACCCCGACCGCGGCUCAAAUUGAAAAGAAGGAGGUGUUUCUGCAACCUCUGCGCGCCGCCUUUCUUGUUUUUCGCGUGCUUCUCAUGAGCAACGUAGGGGAGUCGUUGGUGGCCUCGCUGUGGCCCUUGAUGUGGCCGGAGCUGCUGCGGGCGCUCUCGAUUGGGACGCAAAUGGCGCCGACAAUCACAGCAACGCAAGGAGAAGGAGUCGGCAAGAGCGCACCGCCGAUGAGCACGGAGGCGCUGCAGGAGAUACUGAAACUGCAGAUGGAGGCGUUGAAGGUGCUGGAUGUGGACUACACGCUGUGUCCAGCCCACGCCUUCGCCUUCCGUUGGCUCUUCACGGACGACGCUGCCCUGACAAAUUUACUGGCUCUCCAGCAGCAGCAGCAGCAGCGUCAUCACCGCAGUCGCCGCGACGCGGAAAACGCUCCCCACUCUCCUUCCCCGUUUGUCUUGUCACUGCGGCCCUCCGCAACGCGUCGUCUCCCGUUCGUUAGCCAUCUGGAAGUGCUGCAGCUCCUGCAGCAAACGCCACCAGUGCCGUCGGAUGCCCACCUCAGCAUACCGGCUGUCGUGAGUGCCGUUCAUGAGCCGCGGGGUCAAACGGCGCGAGAGGAAACCGAUGCGUUCCGUUGUGACGGCGAAGGCGUUGCGCCGGUGCUCUCUACCAUUCAGCACUGCUGGCCUCUCCGUGCGCGGCCCUCCGCUGCAGAUCGCGGUCUGCGCCGACCCCUGUACAACAUCCCUGUUACGCACUACCCGCGUCUCGACGGCAUUUAUCGUGCUGCUCAAGCCUUCACGCUGCUUCUACAACGCGUGAACGGUGAUGCGUUGCCCCUCGCCGCUUCGAGCGAGCUAAUGGACCUGCAACGCUUUGCGUGGCUUCAAGCGGAGCUGGGUCAGUGCGUGGGACAUCACAAUGAGGUGGAUGUGGCGUAUAUGCAGGACCUGGUCGAGGCGGAUCUUACGACGACCGAUCCAGACACCAUGCUGUGA